GUGAGCGGGUGCGAUAACGAGCGGGUGAAUGGGUGAACGGCGGUAAUACUGCGGUAGCUCGAUCAGCUCGAUGCCGAUCUUGCGGUAAUAAGUAAUAAGCGCCGGUCAGUGCGUCAGUUGCGGUGACGCGGUGACGGUGUGAUAUAUACCACACGCGCGCACACCGAGAGUCGAGAGACCGGUCGAGGCAAAAAAGCCAUUGACGGAAGAAGGCAGGUAGGAGGGAAAUGAGAUGCCCGAGCGCGAACGAAAGUAAGUAGGCGGUCCUCCGGCGUUCCGGUUUUCACCUGGGCGUUGUCGCCGUCGGCACCGUCGCGUUUUCACUCUCGCUUUCGACGAUGGACGAUAACAACGCGGCGAGGUUAGCUGCAGACAGCUACGAAAUGGUCAAGGCCCUUUACGACUUCAAGGCCACGUUUGCCAAGACUCUCAGCUUCCGGGAGGGUGAAUUUUUUAUCCUGCUGCAGCGUAAUGUCAAGCAGAAAAACUGGUGGCAAGUUGUAAACAGAGGGGGACGUCUAGGCUACAUACCAUCCAACUAUAUUACCUCCGUAAAGGCGCAGCCCCAGUUUCUGAUUGACUUUUUGGAAGACUGUAUACUGACUUUGGAAACGGAAAUUAAGAAAGACGGCGACUCGGUGCAACCCGACAAACAGGAUCUCUUAGCGAAGCUAGUAGAAAGGAAGAAACAAGUCGAAUUGAUCAAAAAGUCUAAAAGACAAGCGCCUAAACCACCAGAAUUAGAUUGCGGCAUUGUUCCUAAAGAAACACAUUCCGUGACUGCUUGCGACAAUACAGAAGCGGAUGUUAGAUCGGCGCCAAGCAAUGCUUCUUACGCAACGGCACAGACGACCCUUCGCGGCAAUAACACGGAUCACGUUGAAACAAACGUGCAAUGUCAACGGCCAAACGGGGACGAGCAACGUGUGCAAUCGCUUCCUCGUCAGUCGUCUUCGGACAUUGUGCAGAAAAUCCAGUUACCACCGAUUACGGAAGUUCGUAAAAGCUCCUCCCAGGGUAGCAUACAAAAUGUAUCCAGCAGCUCGUCAAUUAAAAGCAAUUCGCCCGCUAAGACCAGCUCGCCGACUAAGAGCAAUUCCUUGCAAGCCAUUAAUUCGCGAAGCGCUUACCAACUACUCGAUCAAGUACGCAAAAAUACUCAACUUAGUCAUGAAAUGUCAAAAGUAGCAGUCACAGUCGUAGUGUCUAGCCUGCGGCAGUUGCUGCCAGAAACUGUAAGUCAUUAUCUCGAUGCUUUGCUGCAUCAGCUACAAACACCGUUGACCGUGUCAAAAAUGAGUAUAGAAGAAACUUACGAUGCUAAUAGGUUGAAAAUUAUUUUUACUGAAUUGACUUCGUGCAAGGAAGAUUCACAGCAAAGAAGUUGGAUGCUUUACGAAGAUGAAUCCAUAAUCGUGGAAUACAUCAAAGAAUUGACUGAAAUAUUGACUAAUGCUGAUGUAAAUGUGUCGAGAUAUGUUUUAAGGCAAGAUCGAUACAAUGGCGUAACAAUAUUGGUACAAUAUUAUCAGAUGGAGACGAGGUGGACCAUUAGACAACUGUUGCUGCAAUCAUUUGGCGUUAUGUGCAGUUUAGAUCCAGUGGUUCUAACUAUAAUGUUAAAUAGUAUUUUACCAAUGGAACUAGCGAGAGAUAUGAAGAGUAAUCCCAGGAAUGUAUUAAGAUUAAAUUAUUCUUCGUUACUGCUUACAAUGAUUUUUUCAAUGGGCGAACCCAUGCCAGUUACGCAUUUAGAACAGCUUGGUACAGACUUUAUAUCAUUCCUACUGGACCUAAUAGAAACACCACCUGAUACGGAUCUAGAAGAUCAAAUCCCGGACUUGUUUAUAAACUUGAUAUUAUCCUACAACUUGCAAUUUACAACGUCUGAGAAUAUUGUUCUAAACGCCUUACGUGAGCGAACUGUAGCUAAAACUUUCACUGAAAAAAUCUUAUUUCUUUUCAACAGAGAAGAGGAUCCGGUACGGAUAUUUGACCACGAGCCACAGCCGCCGCACUCUGUGCUGAAACUUUUUGUCGACUUGUUCAGUAAUGAUGCCAUAGCAAGUCUCUUCUACACCAAUGAUGUGAAAGUUCUUAUUGAUAUUAUACUACGACAACUUUUCGAUAUGUUCCCGGGUGAUAAGCGUAGGCAGUAUCUGGAGCUUUGCCGCCGUGUUCUACGCACGUCCAAUUAUAAUGAGCAUCGCCAUCGAUCUGGAGACUUAUUAAAAUGUUUUACAAGAAUAUUUUGCGAGGAGACAGCAGAGAGUCACGAAGACCAACAAGUCGUACGCGAAAUUAGCAACGAAUUUCCGCAUUUGUUCAGAAUGUGACAUUUAAUUCCCCCGUCUGAUCAAGAUUUGGACGAAGAUGACUUGCAAACUCUUGUUUAAGCGGAUCUGAGAAUUUGUCAACGGUAAAGAGGAAUCAAAUUCAUGACAAAUUUUGUUGAUAGCCCUUAUGGCUUUCGUAUAUUUCAUCUAGUAAAGGGAAACGCACACAGCUUAUGUUAGCUGAAGUAACGAUGAUAUGUUUUACGACUGCCAUAAAUAAUGUCUUCAUUCUGUUGGUGCUACAAGGCGUUACUCUUUGCGUAAGUGAACUAUUUAGUAGGAAGGAUAUAUAAAAUUAUAUAUAGAUAUAUAUAUAUACGUAACAUGAGAUAUAACAAAGAAUUCCUUUUCAUUCUUAUUACGAGGACCAUUGAUAUCUAAGAGCAUUCCAACAUUCGCAUAGUUAAAUGAUAUAAUAAUUAUGUAAUAGUUAAUUGAUAGUAAUAUAUAAGUAAAAUAAUUUAUACAUAGAGAUAUAUAUUGAGAUAAACUUUAAUAUAUAAACACAUACAGCUGAUACAUACAUCUCUGUGUGUAUUGUUAAAAGAGAUGGAGAAAUUAUGUAAAAAUUAUUAGUAUUGUUUCU